AUGUCCAAAUCACGAACCAAGUCGGGCUGUUUCACCUGCCGAAAGCGCAAGAAGAAGUGCGACGAGCGGUUUCCCGUGUGUUCGGGCUGUUCGCGCAACUUCUUACACUGCUCGUGGCCCGAAAAACGAGGUGCUGCGCUUCCCAGGAACUACGAGAUAAAAGCCGCAACGUCGCCGCCACAGCUGCCCCAGCACGAUCCCCAAGACCCCAGCGAGUACCCGAUCCCCUCGCACAUGUGCUUUGUGUUCGAGCUUGAUUCGUACAAGCACCAGGAUCGCAAAAUUGCGCCGCGCUUCGACAUUCUGACCUCCGAGCCUGCGCUCGACAUGCUGGUGGAAAACGCCCCGCCUUUCUCGUGGAUUAUCGUCGCCAUCCACACGCUGCACGCGCUCGAGACCAACUUGCGCGAGCUGCUCGACGCCCAGACGCUCAGGGCGCUCGCAGCGUUGCCCGACAGCCAUACCGUGCUCAACGUCUUUGUGCGGAAUUUCCCCAUUGCGCUGUUUUUCUGCAACACCUCCAAGCUGCCCUCGCCGUACGAAUUUUACCAGCACAGCUUCAACUUCAUCUCGCUCGUGGACGUGCCAUUUGCGUGCGACUGGCACGUCGGGCAACAGCGCGCGCUUCUGCUGGAGUCGCUCGAGACACUGGCAAAGCUCGCGGACGCGAAGACCACUAAACUGCUCGCCCCAGUGAAACACAAAAUGACGCUUACGUGGACGGCCAUCCAGACGCUCGAGAUCCAGAUUCCGCUCCAGGACCUCACGCCUGGCCAGCGUCAAACCCAGCGGAACUUGGCCGUGUGCAAGGCUCUUUUCUACGCGCAGGAGAUUUUGUAUCUGAAGCUCGCGGACGCCUCCACAGAAGCGGGCAGCCCCGUGGUGCAGUUCUACCUCGAGCAGCUGGUGGCGGAGCUCGGCGCGCUGUCGGGCAACUCGCUCACGCUGCUGCUGUUCCCGCUAUUGAUUGGAGGCUGUGUGGCCCUAAAAAUGGCGCACCGUGAAUUUUUCUCCAAAGAAUUACAUAUCCUCGCCCAGGACCAACAGUACCCGCUGGCGCGCAAAAUGGCGGAAAAACUGGAGGACCUGUGGUGCGAGGAGGAGCAGCACACUGCUUCCGCGUACCAGUGGCUCAUAUCGACGUGCGGUCCGUGA